GGGAGGGGCGGGCACGUCCUGCAGUCGCGGGCGGGGACGGCGACUAGGGAGUGGGGCCCGGGUCGGGGAACGCUAAAGCUGUUGGGUCCCGCACUGGUGAUGGGGGAGCCCCGGCGGUGGUCCAGAGGCUCGCCUGGGCUCGGGGACCACGGAGUCUGCGAGGAGAGGAAGGGCUCGAGCGUUCGCAGUCGAAAGAUCCGGGCACCUGGCUCGGGGGCUGGGGUCCCCGCGCUCAGAGGGUUACGGAUCUAAACGCCCGGAACUGGGGAGUGGGCCGGCGUCUGGCUCUGGAGGGCCGGGACUGUGGAGGACAGUAUGUCUGGGCUGCCGUGCUGUCACCGGAGGCUGAAACAUGAAACCAGCCAGGCAGGAUGCCGUGCGCAUGCUCAACACCCUGCAGACCAAUGCCAGCUACCUGGAGCAGGCCAAGCGCCGGCGAGGUGACCCCCCAAAACAGCUGGAAGCCAUGGAGCUGUUCCUGGCGAGAAGCGGGCUGCAGGUGGAGGAUUUGGACCAGCUGAACAUCAUUCAUGUCACUGGGACCAAGGGGAAGGGCUCUACCUGCGCCUUCACGGAGCACAUUCUCCGGAAUUACGGCCUGAAGACCGGAUUCUUUAGCUCUCCCCACCUGGUGCAGGUGCGUGAGCGGAUCCGCAUCAACGGGCAGCCCAUCAGCCGCGAGCUCUUCACCAAGCACUUCUGGCGCCUCUACCACCAGCUGGAGAAGACGAAGGACGGCAGCUGUGUGUCCAUGCCCUCCUACUUCCGCUUUCUCACGCUCAUGGCCUUCCACGUCUUCCUCCAAGAGAAGGUGGACUUGGCAGUGGUGGAAGUUGGCAUAGGUGGGGCUUACGACUGCACCAACAUUGUCAGGAAGCCUGUGGUGUGCGGAGUGACGUCUCUUGGCCUUGACCACACCAGCCUUCUGGGAGACACGGUGGAGAAGAUUGCAUGGCAGAAAGGAGGCAUCUUUAAGCCUGGCAUCCCUGCCUUUACGGUGCUGCAGCCCGAGGGCCCCCUGGCAGUGCUGAGGGAGCGCGCCCAGCAGAUUUCAUGCCCCCUUUACCUGUGUCCACCCCUGGAAGCCCUGGAAGAAGGGGGGCCGCCACUGACCCUGGGCCUGGAGGGCGAGCACCAGAGGUCCAACGCAGCCUUGGCGAUGCAGCUGGCCCACUGCUGGCUGUGGAAGCAGGAGCACCAGGCCCUUGGGGAGCUGAAGACAUCGGGGCUGAGUGUCCCCGGGCAGCUGCCCCUGGCCCCUGUGUUCCAGCCCACGUCCCACAUGCGGCGCGGGCUUCAGGACACGGAAUGGCUGGGCCGGACGCAGGUGCUGCGGCGUGGGCCCCUCACCUGGUACCUGGACGGUGCGCACACCACCAGCAGCGUGCAGGCCUGCGUGCGCUGGUUCUGCCAGGCGCUGCAGCGCAACCAGAGGCCCCUCAGUGGGCCGCAGGUGCGGGUCUUGCUCUUCAACUCCACUGGGGACAGGGACCCUGCAGCCCUGCUGAAGCUGUUACAGCCCUGCCAGUUUGACUAUGCUGUCUUCUGCCCUAACCUCACGGAAGUGUCAUCCCCAGGCAGUGCAGACCAGCAGAACUUCACGGUGACGCUGGACCAGGUGCUGAUCCGCUGCCUGGAGCACAAGCAGCACUGGAGCCGCCUGGCCGAGGAGCAGGCCAGCCCUGCCCUCUGGAGCCCCCCGCAGCCUGGUGGGACUGCGCCCCUGCUGCUGGCGCCCCGCUCGCCCCACCCCUGCAGUGCCAGCUCCCUCGUCUUCAGCUGUGUCUCGCAUGCCUUACAGUGGAUCAGCCAAGGCCGGGACCCCAUCUUCCAACCACCUAGCCCCCUAAGGGGCCUCCUUGCCCACCCCACAGCAAGCGGCGGGGCUGGCAUCCUCCAGGAGGCUGGUGCCAUCCACGUGUUGGUCACUGGCAGCCUGCACCUGGUGGGCAGCGUCCUCAAGCUGCUGGAGCCCUCCCUGUCCCAGUAGCUGUGGCCACAGGUGGGGUGGGAGGGGGAGCCCCCCGCACCUGCCCUGCCUUCUCACCAUGAACUCACGCCAGGUGCCUUUCGGUUUCUGCUUUCUGAGUCUGCCGGGCUCUGGCGUGGAGUGGGGUGGAGGAGGGCCCCCCUCUCUGAGCCCCGCCACCCUCUCUGAGCCCUGUGCCUUGGCCUUGCCUUCCUCCCCACCCAGACAGUGAGGGCUUCCCUGGCCCGGCCCGUGUCCCCCACCGCCCCAGCCCAGCUGGUCUGUGAGCUGCCCGGCUGCGCUCGGGGUCCUGCGGUAUGCUGGUGGUAGAUUUCCUCCUCCAGCGCCUCCUGGGAAAGGAGAGGGUCUCUGCCUGGGGCACCCUGGGGACCGCAUAGCUGCAGUGAAUUAAAGCCUUUUGAUUUUAUUUUUAA